UGGCAAACUUCGAGUACCUUCAAGCCUUUUGUGGAAGUUCAUUUAGUCGGGCCUUAUUUAGCAGACAAAAAACGACGAGUUUCAACAACAUCAAAAUCUGGCAACUGGGCUCCUAAAUUCAGUGAAACUUUCCAUUUCUUUUUGGGCAAUGAGGGGGAACCAGAACAUUACGAGCUUAUGAUUCAAGUGAAAGACUAUUGCCUGAUAAAGGAUAACCGUGUUGUUGGAGUUGGGGUUCUCCAGCUGGCAAAUGUUAUCGAGCAAAUAUGCCAAGGAAAUUACUCAAUGUGGGUUCAGUUAGGUGCUCGUCUCAAUAUUGAUGAGACAGGCUUGAUUCUCUUGAGAAUCUUGAGCCAAAGGCCAAACGAUGCUGUUGCGCGAGACUUUGUGAAGUUAAAAACGGAAUGCCGGUUCGAAACAGAAAGUGUGAGCGCAUUGGCUGCAUCAGCCAGUACUCAUAAUAUUAAUCGUUAA